AUGGUAGUGAUGCAUGGAUUUUAUGCUAUGCAUUAUGCAUCAUUCCUAAACAAGUUUGCUUUGGUUUCACCAAAAGUUUUCUUAAGCUUUGGAAUUGCAAUGGCUUCAUCUCAAAUGACAUGGAAAUAUGAUGUGUUUGUUAGCUUCAGAGGUAAAGACACACGCAACACUUUCACCGAUCAUCUUUAUGGCGCUCUCAAUAGAAAAACCAUUCUUGCCUUUAAGGAUGACAAGAAGCUCAAGAAAGGUGAACCCAUAGCGCCUGAACUUCUUCAAGCACUUCAAUCGUCUCGGGUUUUCGUUGUCGUCUUCUCCAAGAAUUAUGCUUCCUCAACAUGGUGCUUGCGAGAACUUUCCCAGAUCCUCGAUUGCGUUCAAGUCUCGGGAAAACAUAUUCUCCCUAUUUUCUACGAUGUUGAGCCAUCGGAGGUGCGAAAACAGAGUGGGAAUUAUGAGAAAGCUUUUGCUGAGUAUGAACAAAGAUUCAAAGAUGAUGAAGUGAAGAUGGUGGAAGUGCAAAGAUGGAGAGUCGCUCUCACAGAAGUGGCUGAUCUUUCUGGCUGGGAUGUAAGAAAUAAGCCAGAGUAUGCAGAGAUUGAAAAAAUUGUUGAAGAGAUAGUAAGUAUAUUGACUCAUAAGUUGUCAAAUCCUUCAAAUGAACUUGUUGGGAUGCAGUCGUCAAUUGAAGAGUUAGAAAAACUUUUACUUUUGAGCUUGGUUGAUGAUGUUCGAGUUGUUGGAAUUCAUGGGAUGGGUGGAAUAGGGAAGACAACCCUUGCUACUGUUUUAUAUGAAAGAAUCUCUCAUCAAUAUAAUGUUCGUUGUUAUAUUGAUGAUGUAAGCAAAAUUUAUCGAGAUUCUGGUCCUAUAGGCUUACAAGUACAAUUUCUUCGUCAAGCUUUAGAAGAUGAAAAUCUAGAGAUACGUAAUCUUUCUGAAGGAAUGCAUUUGACAAAGACAAGGCUAAGCCAUGCAAAAGCAUUGGUCAUUCUUGAUAAUGUUGAUCUAGUUGAACAACUAGAAAAAUUGGCUAUAUAUCGUGAAGACCUAGGUGCAGGGAGUAGAAUUAUCAUUAUUUCUAGAGAUAAACACAUUUUGAAGGCGCAUGCGGUUGAUGCUCUUUACAAUGUCCAACUAUUGAAUGAUGACCAAGCUCUUCAAUUGUUUUGUAGAAAAGCUUUUAAGUGUGAUUAUAUUAUGGCUAAUUAUGAAAAAAUGGUAAAAGAUGCUCUAAAACAUGUUGGAGGACUUCCAUUAGCAAUUAAAGUCAUAGGCUCAUUUUUGUUUGGUCGAGAUGUUUUGCAGUGGAGAAGUGCAUUAGCUAGACUAGUAGAAAAUCCCAGCAAAGAUAUUAUUGAUGUGUUGCGAAUGAGUUUGGUUGAAUUGGAGGAAAUGGAUAAAGAGAUAUUUCUAGACAUUGCUUGCUUCUACAAUAGGCAUACUGAGCACUAUGUGAAGAGAAUGCUAGAUUAUCGUGGAUUUUAUCCUGAUAUUGGAAUAAAAGUUCUCAUUGAGAAAUCACUCAUAACCAUUUCAAAUGGUCAAAUUAAAAUGCAUGAUUUGUUACGAAAGUUGGGCCAAAAAAUGGUUCAAGAAAAUUCAACCGAAGAGCAAAUCAAAUGGAAUAGGCUUUGGUGCUACAAAGAUUUCUACAUAGUUGUGUCAGAGAAUAAGGAAAAUAAGGUUGAAGUCUUAGUUUUGAACGGUUCAAAAGAAUCAGAAACAUUGAUGGCUGAAGCAUUGUCAAAAAUGAGUAAUCUUAGAUUGCUCAUACUGCAUGGUAUGAAUAUUUCAGGAAGCCUUAGACGUCUCUCUAAUGAAUUAAGAUAUCUUGAGUGGAAACGAUAUCCUUUGAAGAAUUUGCCAUCAAAAUUUCAACCAUAUCAACUUGUUGAAUUGAUCCUAGAACAUAGUCUCGUCAAUCAACUGUGGAAAGGUGGGAAGAAUCUACCCAAUUUGAGAAAUUUGAAUCUCCGUUACUCUAAAUAUCUUAUUAAGUUGCCAGACUUUAGAAUGAUCCCAAAUCUCCGGUAUCUGAUUCUCGAAGGAUGUAUAAAACUUGUGGAGUUGGAACCAUCUAUCAGUCUUCUAAGAAAGCUUACAGUCUUGAAUAUGAAAGAUUGCAAAAGUCUUCUAAGUAUACCCAACAACAUAUUGAGCCUUAGUUCUCUUGAAAUUUUUGAUCUCUCUGGAUGCACGAAAGUGUUGAAUAAUCAGCUAUCAGAUAUUCUAUGGCAUGCAAAGCAUAUGAUGGAACUUAAUAUAUGUGAAAUUUCUAUGGGCUCCCAAUCAACAUUUUCCAUCUUCAAAACCCUUAUUAUGUUGCCGUUCCACCUUUGGUAUUCUAGAGCAUAUAAUUAUUCAGCUAGUUGUCUUCUACCUUCAUUGCCUAGCUUCUCUUGUUUGAAUAUCCUUGACCUUAGUUUUUGCAAUCUAAGCCAAAUCCCUGAUGCUGUUGGAUGUAUUCAAUAUUUAGAGAGACUAAAUUUAGGAGGCAAUAAAUUUGUCACAUUGCCCAGCUUUAAGGAGCUUUCCCAACUUGUAUAUUUAAACUUGCAACAUUGCAAGCAGUUGAAAUCCUUGCCUGAGCUUCCAUCACGAACUCAUUUUCCAUUUAAAAGAGAAAUUAUUUUUAAUGUACAACAACCAGGAUUAUAUAUUUUUGAUUGUCCAAAAUUGGAUGAGAGGGAACGCUGCAGUAGCAAGAGUUUGUCAUGGAUGAUACAAUUCCUUAAGUACCAGGCAUAUCAAGAAUCCUCUGGUUCGUUCAGGUGGAUUGAUAUUAUUAUUCCUGGAAGUGAAAUACCAAGCUGGUUCAACAAUCAAAGUGUGGGUAGCUCAAUAAGCUUAGACCCAUCUCCCGUUAUGCAUGAUGAUAAUUGGAUUGGUAUUGCUUAUUGUGUAGUAUUGAUGGCACUUGAUGGUCCAACUACUUCAAGAAAUGAGAGAAGACCCUAUAUAGUGAUAGGUUCCAAGAAAGCAAAUAAGGCACUUUGUCUUAAUAUUCCAGUGCUUCUUGAUAAAGAUCUGGUCACGACUGAAUCAGAUCACAUGUGGCUAUUCUAUUUCACUAGAAAUAAUUUUGUUGAUGUGAAUGAUAUUCAUGAUCUUGUUGACUUCAAAAUGGAAAUUGAAAUACGGAAUAGUCAAGGCUUGCAUUUGGAGGUGAAGAAUUGUGGGUACCAUUGGAUAUUUAAACAAGAUAUAGAACUAAUAAACUCAAUGAUUCAUAGAGAAAAUUUGUCAUGUCUAAACAACAAUUUUUUGGCAGCUAUUGAUGAGCUACAAUAA